GUCUUUCAUCAUCUAACCCAACGAAAUGUCUUUGGCACCCGUUCAGAUUUUCCAAGAUCAAGCAACCGAGGAGCGAGCUGAAAACGCACGAUUGUCCUCGUUUAUCGGUGCUAUCGCUGUGGGCGAUCUUGUGAAAAGCACACUAGGUCCUAAGGGCAUGGACAAAAUCUUGCAAUCGGCUUCGACUGGCGAGAUUUUGGUGACCAACGAUGGCGCGACUAUUUUGAAAUCGAUCGCUUUAGAUAAUGCAGCAGCUAAAGUGCUUGUCAACAUUUCCAAAGUGCAAGAUGACGAAGUCGGUGACGGUACAACUUCGGUGUGUGUGUUGGCAGCCGAACUUUUGCGUGAAGCCGAACAUUUGGUCAAUCAGCGCAUUCAUCCUCAAACGAUCAUUGAGGGCUAUCGUCUGGCUUCCGCGGCCGCUUACAAAACCUUGGAAAACAGCGCCGUCGACAACAGCCAAGACGAAGCCAAGUUCAGAGAAGAUCUUAUCAACAUCGCCCGCACUACAUUAAGCUCCAAGGUCCUGUCCCAGGAUAAGGAGUACUUUUCUAAACUAGCCGUCGAUGCUGUGCUUCGUUUGAAAGGUUCCACCAACUUGGAAAACAUCCAAAUCAUCAAAAAGUCCGGUGGCAAGCUCUGUGAUUCUUAUUUGGAUGAAGGCUUCAUCUUGGACAAGAAGAUUGGCGUCAACUGCCCAAGAAGAAUUGAAAAUGCCAAUAUCUUGAUUGCCAACACCCCCAUGGAUACCGAUAAAAUCAAAAUCUUUGGUGCUCGUGUCCGCGUGGAUGCUACUGGCAAACUCGCUGAAUUAGAACGUGCUGAACGUGAUAAGAUGAAGGCAAAGGUUGACAAGAUCAAAGCUCACGGUAUCAACUGCUUUGUCAAUCGUCAGUUGAUCUACAAUUGGCCCGAGCAAUUGUUAGCCGAUGCCGGUAUCGCCACCAUCGAACACGCCGACUUCGAAGGUGUUGAAAGAUUAGCACUUGUCACAGGUGGUGAAAUUGCAUCUACUUUUGAUCAUCCUGAACUGGUCAAGUUGGGUCAUUGUGAUGUGAUUGAAGAAGUCAUCAUUGGUGAAGACAGACUCAUCAAAUUCUCGGGUGUGGCUGCUGGUGAAGCAUGUACUAUUGUGCUUCGUGGUGCGACACAGCAGUUGUUGGAUGAAGCCGAACGAUCACUUCAUGAUGCCUUGUCCGUAUUGUCACAAACGGUGCGUGAACCUCGCACGGUGCUUGGUGGUGGAUGUUCGGAAAUGUUGAUGUCGCGUGCCGUGGAUCAAGUGGCGGCCAAGACGGCCGGCAAGAAAGCCAUUGCCGCCGAAGCCUUCUCCAAGGCCUUGCGUCAAAUGCCUACCAUUUUGGCCGAUAACGCCGGUUUUGAUUCUUCCGAACUGGUUGCUCAAUUAAGGGCCGCCCACUAUGAAGAUAAAACUACCAGUGGUCUUGAUAUGGUGAAUGGUGUCGUCGCGGAUGUGCGAGAAUUGGGAAUCACAGAAUCAUUCAAACUGAAGAAACAAGUCUUAUUGUCGGCAUCGGAAGCAGCAGAAAUGAUCCUCAGAGUUGACGAUAUCAUUCGAUGUGCUCCCCGUCAAAGACAAGGAUAGAAAAAUCAACACCCUUUCCUCUCCAACAAAAAAAAACCAACAAAAGCAUAACUCAUACUCAUUCUUUUGAUAAUCAAAAAAUAUACAACGUUUGCUUUUUAAAAACCU